CGCUAUAAACAGGAAAUACAUCUUUCUCUUCCUCCUAAACUCCGGCGCCUCGUAACACGAGUGAACACCCUUUCUCGUUUUGGGAGAAAAAUAUUAAAAAGGAUACACUGGCAGUGGUCAAGUUUCGACAAUGAAACCCAUCUUACUGCAGGGCCACGAGAGGUCCAUCACCCAGAUCAAAUAUAACCGCGAAGGAGACCUGCUCUUCUCCGUCGCCAAAGACACAGUUGCUAAUGUGUGGUACUCGGUGAACGGGGAAAGACUUGGUACUUACAAUGGCCACACGGGGGCUGUGUGGUGCGUCGACUGUGACUGGGACACAAAGAAUGUGUUGACUGGAUCCGCAGACAACAGCUGUCGACUGUGGGACUGUGAGACUGGUAAGCAGCUGGCUCUGCUGCAGACCAGCUCUGCUGUCAGGACGUGUGGCUUCGACUUCAGCGGCAACAUCAUCAUGUUCUCCACAGACAAGCAGAUGGGCUACCAGUGCUUUCUCAACUACUUUGACCUGAGAGACCCCCAGCAGAUAGAGGACAACCAGCCCUACCUGACAGUUCCCUGCAGCGAGUCCAAGAUCACCAGCGCCGUGUGGGGACCGCUGGGGGAGUAUGUCAUCGCAGGACAUGAGAGCGGAGAGAUCAACCAGUUCAGUGCCAAGUCGGGGGAAGUCCUGAAGAAGGUGAAGGAGCACACCAAGCAGAUCAACGACAUCCAGACGUCUGUGGACCUCACCAUGGUCAUCACCGCCUCCAAGGACAACCAUGCCAAGCUGUUUGACUCCACAUCUCUGGAUCACAUAAAGACCUUCAAGACUGAGAGACCUGUGAACUCUGCUGCCAUCUCGCCCAUCAUGGACCACGUGGUGAUGGGAGGAGGACAGGAGGCGAUGGAGGUCACCACCACCUCCACCAGGAUUGGCAAGUUUGAAGCGAGGUUCUUCCACGCGGCCUAUGAGGAGGAGUUUGGCAGGGUCAAAGGUCACUUUGGGCCAAUCAACUGUGUAGCCUUCCACCCUGAUGGCAAAAGUUACAGCAGCGGGGGAGAGGAUGGAUACACAAGGAUUCACUACUUCGACCCACAUUACUUUGACUUUGAGCUGGAGGCUUGAGGAAAAAACUUCCCAUUCCAACAUCAACUCACCACCAGACCCAGUAACCCUGACAACCCAGGAGCCUCCCUGCUCUCCUCCUCUGAUCUAAACACAGAGCUGAACAGAACAUGAUGUCGUCACCUGCCCAGGUGUUCCAGAGCCUGGUUAGGGUUAGCCAGAGGAGCUGCAGGUGGACUGGCCCCAACACCAAGAUUCUCCUCUAGUGUCACUUUUCCUUGACAGCAUGAAAUAAAUAUUUUGUACUGAAUUUAAAUGACUCACAUAACUCAACACCCAAGGAUUAGUGUAUUUAAUCUGAAUAAAAUUGAAUUUGAAUUCA